UUUUUGUCAUCUCACUAAGCUCUCCUUUUUUCUUCUCAUUUCUCAUUUUUUUUUCUCUUAAAUCUUCUUCCGUGUUGGAUUUGCCGUCUAAAGUUUCUGACUUUCCGACGAGGAAGUAAGAAAGAAGAUCAAAGUAAUAACAAGCGAAUUGCUCUCAUCUCGAUGGGUUGUUUCGGAAGCAGUAAGAAAUCGAGCAAACGAUCGGAGAGGAACCACCACAAGGACGCUUCGAAAAUCAGGAAGACCCUCGCUGGUACAAGCGAUCAGACUCAACUCUGUUCAGAUUCCACAAAAGUCAGCCCAUACCGAGAUGUAAACAACGAAGGUGGUGUUGUUGUUGGUAAGGAGGAGGAUCAGUUAGCUCUCGACGUGAAGGGUUUGAAUUUAGACGACCAGCCCGCAGGGAAGAAAGCACAGACCUUUACAUUCGAGGAGCUUAAGGUUGCAACAGGGAACUUUAGGUCGGAUUGUUUUCUCGGUGAAGGUGGUUUUGGUAAAGUUUUCAAGGGAAGUUUAGAGAAACUUGAUCAGGUUGUUGCAAUCAAGCAACUUGACCGUAACGGGGCUCAAGGAAUCAGGGAGUUUGCGGUUGAGGUGUUGACGCUGAGUCUUGCUGACCAUCCCAAUCUCGUGAAGCUUAUUGGGUUUUGCGCUGAGGGUGAUCAGAGACUGUUGGUAUACGAGUACAUGCCGCUAGGUUCUCUUGAAGAUCAUCUACAUGAUCUUUCUUUUGGUAAAAAGCCACUUGAUUGGAACACUCGGAUGAAGAUAGCAGCUGGUGCAGCAAGAGGGCUAGAGUAUCUGCACGAUAGAAUGAAACCCCCUGUGAUCUACCGUGAUCUCAAAUGCUCAAACAUUUUGCUCGGUGAAGACUAUCAACCAAAGCUGUCAGACUUUGGGUUGGCUAAAGUUGGACCAAGCGGGGAUAACACCCAUGUCUCCACGAGGGUUAUGGGAACGUACGGGUACUGUGCUCCCGACUAUGCUAUGACGGGUCAGCUCACGUUUAAAUCCGAUAUCUACAGUUUUGGGGUUGUCCUUCUUGAGCUUAUCACCGGAAGGAAAGCGAUUGACAGUACAAAAGAUCGUAAAGAUCAAAACUUGGUCGGAUGGGCACGACCGUUGUUCAAAGACAGGAAGAACUUCCCGAAAAUGGUUGAUCCAUUGCUUCAGGGACAGUACCCUGUUAGAGGACUGUACCAAGCGCUUGCAAUUGCAGCGAUGUGCGUUCAAGAGCAGCCGAACAUGAGGCCUGUUGUAUCCGACGUGGUCUUGGCCCUCAACUUUUUAGCCGCUUCUAAAUACGAUCCGAAUAGUCCUAGCAGCAGCAGCAGGAGGAGGAACACUUCUUUUCACAGAGAUGGUGAUGAUGAAGAGAAAAGACCAGACUUACUCAAGGAAACAGAAUCUGAAGUGUCUUCAUAGGGAAGAAGAGAGUGGUGGAAAAAAAUCAAAUAUAGGUUUUUUUUUUGGCUUCACCAGGAAAAUGGGUGGAUAUAUAUUAUAAAAAACCAAAUCAGUGACAUUUUUAACAUCUAUUCGUGGAUGUACAUCUUGACUCAGCCUCUGUUGUAUGUAGCAUGCUUCUUUUUCUGUAACAGACCAUUUUGUUUUUGGGACAUAUAUACAUAUAUUGAAGAAUAAACAAACAUCUUUGUGUA